CUCUGUGACAAAGCAUAGAUACGUAUCUACGGAGGAGAUUGAAAGCAGUACAGGAGGCAGGUGGCAGCUGGACUAAGAGCUCUAUUAAACGCCAGAUCCCCUCCUCCAUUGCACACUCUGGGCAUUCUGGCAAUCAAAAGUCGCGCUCUCUGUCGAUGCGGGAGCGACGACAGCUGGACUGCAGUCCCAUACCACGUAGUCAAUCGGGCGCCUCUCCCGUUUCCAUUUCGGGAUCCACAGCCACCGCUGGCGGAAUGGCCUCCCAUCCGCAUGUGAAUCUGCUGCACGCGGCCGAGCCGCAUUACUACAAUGCCCAGGGAGCCGUCUACUACACCAGCUACCACGGCUCCCCGCACGACCUGAGCUACGCCAGCUCCGCGGACGUCUCGCUGAACGCCUCGUGGGUGAACGCCAGCGGGCACAGCCCCCACACGCCCUACUACUCGGCGGCACAGAUCUACAUGCGCCCCAAGGGCGGCAGCACCACGCCCACUCCCAGCUGCAGCGGCAGCACGGGCAGCGGCAGCGGCAGUGGCAGCGGCAGCUGCAAGAAGGUUCCGCCGGAGGUGCCCAAGCGCACCUCUUCGAUCACGGCACAGCAGCAGAGCCAGCUGCUGCUGCUGCAGCGCCAGACACCGCCGCCCCCGUCGCUGCUGCGGACCAACGGGCUCUGCAAGACGGCGGAGAACGGCAGCCUGACCUCCGUCCAGAGUUCCGGCUCAGACUCGAGCGUCACCUCGGCGGAGCGGAACAUGAACAGCGACCUCGGAUCGGACCGCAGCAACUCCCCCCACACGUGGAAGCGUGGCACGGCCCUGAACAGCUCCCAGCAGUUCUCCACGCACUCGGCCGACUCGGUAUCGGUCUCGGUGCCCAGCGGAGGUGGAGGUGGAGCCGUUGUGGUCUCCGGAGCAGCCAUAGCUGCUGCUGGGCCCGGAGCUUAUGCCGCACAGAUGCAGGCGGCCGUGGCAGCGGCCACAGCGGCGGGCGGAGUACCGCCGACGGACGAUCAUGCCGUCUCGUCGCACACCAGCGCCGCGCAGUACGAGCAGCACGAACAGCAGCAGCACGAGCAGCAGCAGCUGCAGGCAGCGGCCUCCGCCGCGGGCGUGGCCCAGAACUACAAGAUGUCGGAGACCAUACGCAAGCGGCAGUACCGCGUGGGCCUCAAUCUGUUCAACAAGAAGCCGGAGAAGGGCAUCACCUAUCUCAUCCGCAGGGGCUUCCUCGAGAACACGCCACAGGGCGUGGCUCGUUUCCUGAUCACGCGCAAGGGCCUCUCCCGCCAGAUGAUCGGCGAGUAUCUGGGCAAUCUGCAGAACCAGUUCAACAUGGCCGUGCUCAGCUGCUUCGCCAUGGAGCUGGACCUGUCCGGCCGCCAGGUGGACGUGGCCCUGCGCAAGUUCCAGGCCUACUUCCGGAUGCCCGGGGAGGCGCAGAAGAUUGAGCGGCUGAUGGAGAUCUUCUCGCAGCGCUACUGCGAGUGCAAUGCGGACAUUGUGGGGCGCCUAAGAUCAUCCGAUACGAUCUUUGUGCUGGCAUUUGCCAUCAUUAUGCUCAAUACGAUCUGCACACGCCCAAUCUGA